CAAUCUGUGUAAUUUGUUUCUUAUUAUUUUGAAGCAAACACUUCAAAAUCAAAAUUUAUUUCUGGGAUUUUGGUGAAACAACAAAGCAAAAAAGAAGAAGAAGAAGAGGUUUUAAGCUUAUAGUUAUCUUUUCUUUCUACAGAAAAGGAACAAGAAGGCAAACAUUCGGCUCAUUUGCUUCCCCAUUAUACUCUGUGUACUAUUUGUUGUCAUGCAAACACUGAUUGACACUGAACUAGAUAAACCAAAAUUCCAGUGUGGUUGUACUUGUAUUGAUACAAAUGGAGAUGGUCAGUGUGAGAAAGUCUGUGGGAUUGAGUACUCUUCGCUAGAUCAAGUCGCAAGUUGUCCAAUUCCUAGUCCACCUGAAUGGCCCCCACUGUUACAGAUACCGGCUCCUGAGUAUCGUGCAGUGAGUGCCAAUUCAUUUGCAUCAAGAGACUUGCCUAAUGAGUCAUGCAGGACAACAGGAUCUUGUCCAGCAACUUCAUUGUUCACUGGGAAUAAUCAAUCACUUGGAAACGUUUUGACGGUGAAUAUGUUCACUAGCUUCACCAUCAAUUCCUCUGAUCUUAGCAGCAGUUUAGCCAGCAAUGUCUUGGGCACAGCAACAUAUCCUGAAUCAAACAAUUAUAUUGAGCCUGCUUUCCUUUCCAAUCUUCCCAUCUAUAACCUUCAAAGUCAGUGCAUGUUGAACUCAACAUUUUCGGUUAUUGUUAAUCAAUCAUCAUUUGCAAAGGAUCAAGAGGUGCAAUGUGUUCAGGGUAUAAAUUUGUGGCGCAAUAGUUCUGCUGAGGUGAAUGAUGAGCUGUAUAAAGGUUACAGGGAAGGGAAUCCACAGCGGGAGAUAAAUGAGAUCGUUGCAGCCUAUGAUUUCUUAAACUCAGAUGGGAAUAAUUUUAAUGUCACCAUCUGGUACAAUUCUACCUAUAAAAAUUAUACUCCUGGUAUUCAGAUGGCAUUGAUGCGAGUUCCACGAUCAGUAAAUUUGGUUUCCAAUGCCUACCUUCAGUUUUUGAGAGGUGCUGGUACAAAAAUGCUCUUUGAGUUUGUCAAAGAAAUGCCAAAACCUGGAACUAAAUUCAAACUGGAUUUGUCAUCCCUUCUUGGACCACUCUUCUUUACCUGGAUUAUUUUACAACCAUUCCCUAUGAUAUUGGAAGCAUUGGUUUAUGAGAAACAGCAGAAGCUCAGAGUCAUGAUGAAAAUGCAUGGGCUUGGUGAUGGACCUUAUUGGAUGAUAUCCUAUGCUUAUUUUCUUGCCAUAUCUUUGCUGCACAUGUUAUGCUUUGUGAUCUUUGGCUCAGUUAUAGGGUUGAAAUUCUUCACACUUAAUGACUACAGGAUCCAGUUUGUGUUUUACCUUCUCUACAUAAAUCUGCAAAUCUCCCUGGCCUUCCUAAUAGCUUCAGUGUUCACAAAUGUGAAGACUGCUUCAGUGACUGCAUACAUGUGCGUCUUUGGGACAGCUCUAUUAGGUGGCUUUCUCUUCCAGACAUUGCUUGAAGAUAAGUCAUUCCCAAUGACUGCAUACAUGUGCGUCUUUGGGACAGCUCUAUUAGGUAGCUUUCUCUUCCAGACAUUGCUUGAAGAAAAGUCAUUCCCAAGAGGCUGGAUUACUGUACUUGAGUUAUAUCCUGGCUUUGCUCUAUAUCGUGGAUUAUAUGAAUUAUCACAGUAUUCUUUAAUGGGAAAUUAUAUGGAAACUCAUGGAAUGAGGUGGGGAGAUUUUAGUGACAGCAUGAAUGGGAUGAGAGAGGUCUGGAUCAUCAUUCUUGUUGAGUGGAUUGUGGUGCUUCCCAUUGCAUUUUAUGUAGAUCAAGUUGCAUCUUCUGGAGGUGCAAAAAAUCCUUUACUUUUCUUACAAAACUUCCGAAAGAAACCUCUGUCAUCUUUCAGAAAGCCUAGUUUGGGAAGGCAGGAGUCUAAUGUUCUUGUUGAGAUGGAAAAACCCGAUGUUUGUCAGGAGAGGGAGAAGGUUGAGCAGUUACUAGUUGAACCAAGCAUAAGUCAUGCCAUUAUCUGUGAUAAUCUCAAAAAGGUUUAUCCAGGAAAGGAUGGAAAUCCUGAGAAAUUUGCAGUAAGAGGGCUAUCUCUUGCAUUGCCUCGUGGGGAGUGCUUUGGCAUGCUGGGACCAAAUGGUGCUGGAAAGACCUCUUUCAUUAACAUGAUGAUCGGACUCACAAAGCCAACAUCUGGCACUGGAUUAGUUCAGGGUUUGGACAUAAGGACUCAAAUGGGUGCCAUUUAUACCAGCAUGGGUGUCUGUCCACAGCAUGACCUUCUGUGGGAAAGCUUAACUGGAAGGGAGCACUUGCUAUUUUAUGGUAGACUUAAGAACCUCAAAGGUUCUGCUUUAACUCAAGCAGUAGAAGAAUCUCUCAAGAGUGUCAACCUAUUUCAUGGAGGGGUUGCUGACAAACAGGCAGGGAAAUACAGUGGAGGAAUGAAGAGGAGGCUCAGUGUUGCCAUUUCUCUGAUUGGGGAUCCCAAAGUUGUUUAUAUGGAUGAGCCAAGUACUGGACUAGAUCCAGCAUCAAGAAACAGUUUAUGGAAAGUUGUGAAGUGUGCAAAGAGAGACCGUGCAAUUAUUCUCACCACACAUUCAAUGGAAGAAGCAGAGGUCCUCUGUGAUCGGUUAGGCAUUUUUGUGGAUGGCAGUUUGCAAUGUAUAGGGAAUGCAAAAGAGCUAAAGGCUAGAUAUGGAGGAUCUUACACAUUUACAAUUACAACUUCUUCAAACCAUGAGGAGGAAGUUGAGCAUAUGAUACACCACCUCUCCCCCAAUUCUAAUAAGAUAUACCAUAUAUCCGGAACACAGAAGUUUGAGCUGCCAAAACAAGAGGUGAGCAUUGCAGAAGUAUUCCAAGCAGUGGAGAAAGCAAAGAGUAGGUUCACUGUUCUUGCAUGGGGUUUGGCUGAGACCACUCUUGAGGAUGUCUUCAUCAAGGUUGCACGGGGGGCACAGGCCGUCAAUGUCAUGUCUUGAUUUCCUUCACAAAUUGUUCUGUCCUCAUAUAAUAUUUAUAAUUUUAAUCUGUUUAAACCUUCAUGGUAGUUUCUUUAUCUUUAUCUUCCUUUUUUUUUUUUUUUUUUGACAAAUGAACCUUCACAGGUUGUAUUGCAGCUAAUGCAUAGUUGAGGUUUUUUUUUUUUCUUAAUGAAUUACAGUUAUUAGUCUAUUGUAUUCAUAAGAUGUAUGUACAGUAAAAUCUUAUUUCAAGA